AGACGUAUGCUAACUUGUUGCGACAAUUUGAUUGGCCUGGUAUGAAAGGGAAUGUUGAGAAGUUCAUUGCCGAAUGCCAAGUUUGUCAACACACUAAGCCGUGUCGGCAAAAGCCCAUGGGGCUGCUCACUCCGCUUCCCAUUCCGGAUGGCCCCGGAGAGUCUAUCUCCGUCGACUUCACUGACAUGGGAAAGGUGAGUAAGCACGGGCACUCGCAAGUAAUGGUAAUCGUUGACAGAUUUUCUAAAUUUCUUAACAUCAUUCCCCUACCACCCCAUGCCCCCACAGAUCUGGUGAUACGUGAGUUUAACCGGAAGUACGUGCUGCAGUUCGGACCCCCGAAAACUCUUGUGAGUGACCGGGAUCCGCGCUUCAUCAGUGCUGAAUGGAAAGACUUCACGUCUAAAUUGGGAAUCAGACUUUGCAUGACAUCUGGUCGACAUCCCGAAGCCAACGGGUUGGCUGAGGAAAUCAACCAGACUUUAUUUCAGCUGCUGCGUGCCUUGAUCAUUCCGGAUCAGCAGACGUGGGACGAAGAGCUGGAUGCUGUCAAGGGGUUGUACAACAACUCCGUACAUUCCGCCACCGGUCUGACGCCUAACAGGCUGCAUUACGGGUGGCAGAUGCGGAACCCACUCUCCUACUUAUUCCCGGAACAGCCUGCUGGCUACACUCCCGGCAGGCCUGGGUUCCAGGCUAAGUAUGACCGCUUGCUCAAAGUUGCUGUCGCAGCUAUGACCAAGCGGCAGCAUGCCAUGAUUCACCACGCCAACAAGAAACGCAGACCAACGGAUAUCACGGUAGGCAGUUAUGUUUGGGUCAAAAUGUCUGAAUUCUCUGAAGAAGAGGGAGUAUCACGCAAACUUCUCCCUUUGUACUAUGGCCCGUGGGAAGUCUUGGAUGUGAUUGGAAGUGAUGAGUUUGGACCUUCAUAUGUMGUCGYUGUGCCACCUCAUCUGCGUACGUAUCCUGUGUUUCAUGCGUCGAAACUGUAUCUUCACCGCGAUGCUAAGACGUUUCCUUACCGUGAGGACAUGAUUCCCCG